CGGUCCCACUCUGCAGACUCAGUGCCUUAUUCAGUCUUCUCUCUCGCUCUCUCGGCUGCUGUAGCUGGACCCUCCGCCUUCGCCGCUGCUCAGCGUCUGCACAACCCUACGAUGGCUAAAACAGCAAUGGCCUACAAGGAGAAAAUGAAGGAGCUGUCCAUGCUGUCGCUGAUCUGCUCCUGCUUCUACCCGGAGCCUCGCAACGGCGGCAUCUACACCUACGACGACAUGGAGGUGAAGCAAAUCAACAAGCGUGCCUCCGGCCAGGCCUUUGAGCUGAUCCUGAAGCCGCCGUCCCCCAUCUCAGAAGCCCCGCGAACCUUAGCAUCCCCGAAGAAGAAAGACCUAUCUCUGGAGGAGAUCCAGAAAAAGCUGGAGGCCGCGGAGGAGAGGAGAAAGUGCCAGGAGGCGCAGGUGCUGCGGCAGCUGGCGGAGAAGCGGGAGCACGAGCGGGAGGUCCUGCAGAAGGCCCUGGAGGAGAACAACAACUUCAGCAAAAUGGCGGAGGAGAAGCUGAUCCUGAAAAUGGAACAAAUCAAGGAAAACCGUGAGGCCAAUCUAGCUGCCAUCAUCGAACGCCUGCAGGAGAAGGAGAGGCACGCGGCGGAGGUGCGCAGGAACAAGGAGCUGCAGGUGGAGCUGUCCGGCUGAGGCUGCAGGUACGGCGCCCCACCUGAUCGAUGCCCGCCUGUGUUACGACGGGUCACGCGAUAUCGGUAUGGGAAAUGUAUGACAUGGUUUAAAAAGAACUCACUAU